AUGUAAUACUAUUGCUAACUGCAUUAGUCAAUCUUUACUUCAGUUUGCAUUCAAUAGGAUUGCACAAAAAAAGGACCAUUGUGUGAUAAAUGUACAGAUACUCAUAAAAAUCAUGUUAUGCAAAAUUUAGAAACAUAUUUCAAUGACUACACAAAAUACUUGAAUAUGGAGUAUUAAGCAUAAAUAUUGUAAAAAUUAGACUAAAUGAAAUAAUACUUCCAUGAUAAGAUUUCAUCUUUAUAAAUCGAUGUAAAUUUUAUAGAUGAAAAAAGAAAAAAAGAAAUCAUGAAAUAAUUGAAAUAAGAGAAGAUGAGUCCCCAAUAAUUUCAAUCUAAGGUUAUUGAAUUAAUACAAAGAGAUUAACUGAAGGACAGAGAAUAUUUAGAACAAUUCUUUACACAAAUAGUUGAGAUAGAGAAGAAUAUGAAAUUCUAAUUUUCACAAUUACCCAAGAAAUUCAUAUAAGCUUAACAUCAUCAUCAACCAUCUCAUCAGUCAUAAUAAAUAAUUAACAAUAAAUCCAAUCUUUCAAGCGAAGUCAGAGAAUUAUCCCCAUAACUAUCAAAUCGAUCUAAUAAAUCCAAAGAACCAAUAUUCUCAUAAAAAUAAACAAGUCAAUCUCCACUUUCAAAAUAGUUGCUUUAAAGAGAUCUGAUGCCAGUCGGUUCAUUUAAUAAUUCUAAAUUAAAAAACUAUUUCACAGAAUAAGAUUCAUAAGUAUCUCCUUAAAAUUCAUUCAAAAUUGUUAAACCUUUUGACAUUGAUAAAUCAUCCAACUAUCAAAGUAGAAUCGAAGGAGAUCGAUCAAAAUCAAAAUCAUAAAAUGCAUCAUUCGAUUAAUUCAAGAAAGUUGAGCCAUUCAAAAAUGUCUAGCAAUCAUAAAUUAUUGAAGUCCCUUUAACAACUAAGUUUGAGAAAUCUGAACAACUAGAUCUACUAUAUAAUCAAAAAUAAAGCUCAAAUAAUCUAUAAGAAUUACCAUAAUAAUAAAUAGUUGGUUAUUAUUCAAACCAAAGGACUUUAACCCAAAAAGAGAAUAAAGAGUCCCUUCAAAAGUCUCCUUCUAACACCAAAGUAUAAUUUUCAAUAAAAGAGGAAAAGUAAGUAUAAUCAAAUUCAAAUCCAUAAUAAAGUGAAAUCUAUAACUAAUUUUAAAAAAGUUAAGUGUAUGAAUCUUAAAAUUUUGAUUUUGGAUAAAAGUUCUAAAAUCAAAAUCAAGAAGUUCAGCUAUUUUAAACACCUUAAUAGAGUACAAUUAUUAGAGAAAAGGAAACAAACAACUUUUAAAAUGGUAUGAAAUUGUCAGCAUAAUCUGCCAUAUCAGGUAUAUAAAAUGAAAAUAAAUCGUAAUAAGAUAUAUCUUUUAUCAGUUCUAAAUCAUUAAUUUCUCCUUAAAUUAAAAUAACCUAAAAUUUACCAAAUCCAUUAAAAAUUGAAAAAGAUGAAACUUUAAAAGUUCAUGAUAAAAGUGUUAAAGAUUUAUGUUUUAUGGAUGAUGAUAAGAUUAUUACUUGUUCAAAGGAUUCAACCAUAAAAAUUUGGGAUAAGAGAACUAAACAAUUAAAAACGGAAUUGAAAGAUCAUACAGAUUAAAUUCUAUGCAUUGCAUUUUCAUAAAAAAGAAUAAUAGUUAGUGGAUCAGUUGACAAAACAGUUAGAAUAUGGAAACCUUCUCCUUCUUGGAGGAUUGCAUUUGUUUGUUAAGGACAUUAAGAAAGAAUAAGAUGUGUAGACUUUGUGGGAAAUUUCAUUCUCUCUGGAUCUGAUGACACAACUCUUAAAUUAUGGGAUUUAGAUGGAUAAUUAUAACAUUCAUUUAAAACGAAUGGUAGAGUUAGUGCCAUGAUAACAGAUAAAAACUUGGUAAUUGUUGGAAGUGAUACCAAAACAAAAAAUAAAUAAUAAGAGAUAAUAGGUCAUAAGAAUUUGAUUUUGUGUCUAUAACUAAGCAGUUUAUAGAACAAAAGGAUUUUAUUAAGUGGAUCAAAAGAUCAUUUUGUUAAAAUAUGGUCUUAUCCUUAAAUUUAAGAAAUUAGAACUUUUGAAGAUGAUUACUCAAUUCAUUCUUUGUUCUUUGAUCAAAGUUCAUAAUACUUAUUUUUGGGUUAAAUGGGCUUUGAGUAAGAAGGUAAAAUUUCUAUUUGGAAACUGGAUGAUCAGCCAAAAAAAAAAUAAGAAAUCAUUUCUAAUCCUUAUGGAUGUAAUAAAGUAUUAUAUGAUGGGAGAUAUCUAUAUAGUGCGCAUGAAAACAAAAGAAUGGAAAUUUAUUCUAUUAAUGAACUUUGA